UCCUGCUGAUUCCUAUUGUCACAAUGAGAUGACAAAGUGUUUCCUGCAGAAAUAUGCUUCUAUCGGGAAAUGGUAAGGAUAAAGAAAACCUAAAUGCAAGUCUUCUUCAUCAUCACUUCGAGACAGGAAGGUCUUUGUAUUUAGCUGCUCCACUGUCCAAACUCUGUCCUCUUCUGUCUCAUUUGGCUUCUGAUGAUUGAAUCUUUUUUCCUUCAGCUCAUUUGACUGGAAUGUUUCUGUGUUGGAGACUAUGUUGACAUGAUAAAUGUGGCAGGCCAUAUAGUUUAAGGUUCAUUGUCACAUCAGCAUGAUGAGAAUUGCUGUGAGAAAAGCUUCAUCAUUUACAAUAGUCAGCAUUGCCAUUAUAGUUUGAUAAUAUUAGAGGAAUUCAAACCAUAUAAUUUCUUCUGAUACCUCUGUUUUGUGUCUGUAGGCUAUCAACAACAUCUGCAUUCACAGCACUUUGUGUUCAAAGAAAACUGAGAUACAGAACCAUAAAGAAAAGCCUGUACAUACUGUGCAGCCUCACAUCAGAACAUAAGACACCAUUUCUCUCUCUCUCUCUCUCUCUCUCUCUCUCUCUCUCUCUCAGAGGUGAGCUAUCAACAUCUACCUUCACAGUUCACACGACUUUUCUCCAUGGUGCUGGUUUAUGCCACCUACUCUGCUGACCAUUACACUGUCCUGUCGCAUGUCUUAGAUCUUGACAGACCUAUAUACGCUUUCAGAGACUUUGGCGGCACUUAUGAUCGCAAGAAGAUUAAAAGAAUCGGAUCACAUCUUUGCUUUCUUGGCGUGUUCUUCCCACUCACAAGCAUCAUAACUGUUUUGUCUGCCCAAACACUAAUGCUGUGACUUAACCCUGCCUGCAUUGAUGUCAUCUGCACUGGAUUUUUCAGUGCAGGUGAAAUUCCUACAGAUCAAUUAGAGAAAUUGCUACAGAUUUAUCCACCGCCAGUGUAAGAAGACAGGAAGAAAGGACCACAGGGACGUACACGAUAUUUUUCAGAUGUGUUGUUAGUAAUGGGUGCUCUCUCAUUCCCUCUCCUCCGCCUCCUCUUGGCACGCCACCUCGCUGAAUCCAUGGAGAAGCGCCCGCGCGGUCGGGCGAAAGAUAUCGACCACCACCACCACCACCACGGCUCGGAAGAGGUCAGUAGCAGCGAGUGGGAGUUCAUCGACAUGUCGGAUGAAGAGGUAGACAUUAUUUGCAGGAUGUAUAGGCUCGUCGGCGACAGGUGGGAGAUGAUAGCGGGCCGAGUCCCCGGCCGGACACCGGAGGCGAUCGAGCGGUACUGGAAGAUGAGGCACGAGCCAUGCUUUGCGGAGAGGAGGCUGAAGAGGAGAACACAGACCAGACAACAGAGGCUCGGCUGAUGGCAUUGAUGCCGCUCGUGUAAUAAUGGAGGCAGAAGUGUGUACGUCGCAUGGGCCAUAUGUGUGGCUGCCCAAAGCACUGCAACUUUUAAUUCCGCAUAAGGAUUUGUCCCUAUCGUAGGCCAACUUUACCA